AACUCUGACCCUGGCAGAAUUUCGGCCUUUGUGUCCAUUAGUCUAAUACCCAAUAUGCCACCGGCUAAUGCUUUUACGGCCUGCGAGGCAUGUAGGCGCCUCAAGCGCAAAUGCUCACGAGAUACCCCUUCGUGUCGUCUGUGUACUCGGCUAGGUAAAACAUGCAACUAUGGAACAGAAGAUGCCAAUGCAAGCCUGAAAACCUCUACCAGUGGCUUGACGAGUCAAGAACGCACAGAUCCCGCUACAGAACUAGGUGUACAUCGAACAGAUAAGUUCCCGUACUCAUACUUUCUAGACUCCGAUUCAUUCCAGCCGAUAUCCAGAGACAACUUGACAAUGCAUGACGGCCCGUUGUUCAGUGAGCAGCAAAGACGCUUUGCGGCUACUGGUACAUUCGACUCUUUGAUAGAUCACUACGAGACUACCAUCCACCAGUGGCUGCCCAUGCUAAGUAUUAAGCGCCUAAGGCAAGACGCAAAAGCUCUAGGAGAUUUAAAUCAGGGCGUUGUCGACGUUCUGGUCUUCUUGGCCCUUGAGGCGCUUGUUAGUCAGAGUUGCAUCACGGCUGAUAAGCAUACCAUAUUGCCACAAAAUAACCCUUCAUAUUUGAAGGCAAAGCAUUACAGCUUUAUCGCUGAGAGUGGGGGAACUAUCAACAUUCGACUGAUACAGACUAUUGCUUUGGUAGCCUUGUACGAACUUGGCCAUCGUAUCUACCCUGCCGCUUAUUUAACAAUAGGACAAGCUGUGCGACUAACCACCAUGGUUGGACUGCACAGCCAAAAAGAUGCAAAACAACUCUUUAUAGAACCUGAAACAUGGACAUUAUGCGAGGAGCAGAGACGGACUUGGUGGGCGAUCGUAAUGCUUGACAGAAUUGUCGUUGCAGGCUCCCCGCAACUCCUCAUGGCUGCUCCAGAUCCGAGCACAAACGAUCUUCUGCCUUGUAACGAUGAUGACUGGAGGAAUGGACGAAUAGGUUUCAAUGAAGCCCUAUUCACCCGCAACUUCCAUUCCCCCUCGUCUAUGGGGCAAUUUGCAAGAGUAUGCCAAGCGGUUCACGUGUUUGGCAAAGUUCUUCGUCACAUACAAUCAAGAAAAAAAGACACUGACCCAGUCGAACUUACUGCUGAGGCGUUGCAGCUGCACAUAGUCUUGACAACGUUAGAGCAGGGCAUCAUGAGCAAUGACUGUGACAUCAUGACGACGCAUGGGAGCUUGCAUUCGGCGCUAUCACUGUGCAGCUUAGCCCGACUGCUACUAUACAAUGAAUAUGCAUGUAACGAGCCCAGCUUCAGCACGGCACGUGAGAGACUGGCUGCUGAGGUUGAGAUGCAACAGAUAUCUUUGGCGAGCAUCCAAGACAUCGUAUCCAAGACAAUACCGCAGAUGGCGAGGCAAAUAGUGUCGGCGAGUCAACAACAAUCAAUGGGACCAAGACAUUCGCCCAUCUUGGCUGGCUGCCUGUAUCAUGCUGCAACUGAGUGCGCGUGGUUUGUCAAGGAGAACAAUGAUGCGGAGAUGGUGGCCGGGUUAGAAGCUAUCACGCAAGCACUUGAAGUUCUGAAGUCCGAGUGGGCCGUUUGCGAUGAAUAUCUCUCCUACUUGGAGGGCAAUAGGCCUCAAAACUGACAUCAUUACGAGAAUAACAGGGCCGAUAGAAGUUUAGACAGCUCACUAGCGUCAGUCUGUCUGUCCGCAGCAACUCCACAUUCCCGCUCUGCCC